AAUCAACUUAUCAAGAGUUGAUUUGUCUUUACAGAAAAAAUCUACAACAUCUACUUUCGUUACACGAGAAUGAAAAGUAGACACUUUAAUGUGGUCAUAUAAAAUCGAUUGUGGACACAUUGCUCGAUCGUUUGUAGGUAGUGUUUGAACCGGGCAACAACGUUUUAAAAAAAAAGUUAUAUGUAUUGAAAUAAAUAAAAAUACUAGGAAAUCAAUAAAAGUUAUGUCGUUUUUGAAAAAUUGUUUGCCGUUAAAUUUUUAAACAAGCCUCCAUAUAAAAAUUAUGUGUCCAAAUUUGAUCACGAAAAUGUGUGAGCAAAUGUUUUAAUAGUUUAUUUAAUACAAACUAUUAUGAAAUUUUCUUUCAUCAAUUCACUUCUGCACAUGAUUUUCUAUCUUUUUGUGCAGUUGAAGAAGAAAAAUAACUUGAAUUAAUAAGUUUUUUCGCAUGUUGAAAAAUCGAAGUGAGAACAAAAAAUGGCGGGUUUUGAAACAGAAUUUCUAUGAUGAAAUGAAAUAAUUUAUUUUGGGAAAUUAAACUCAUUUAAAGGCCCAGUGAGUAGCCUAAAAUGAAAUUUACUCCCAAAACUAUCAACACGUAUUUUUUUAUUGCUGAAAAAAUAAAAUUUAAGAC